UUUGAAUCCGGCUUCACGCUGCUUGUUCGCUUUAGCCGACUGGAAGCAGUUCAUUGCGUUCACAUGAAAAAUGGCUUCGUCCUUUUGGAAAGGCGUUGUUGGUUUAGGACUGUUCGCUUUGGCCCAUGCGGCUUUUUCGGCGGCGCAGCAUCGAUCAUACAUGCGGCUGACAGAAAAGGAGAAUGAAACUCUUCCAAUAGAUAUAGUAUUACAGACGUUGUUAGCAUUUGUGGUUACAUGUUGUGGAAUAGUCCACAUCUCGGGUGAGUUUAAAGACAUGGACGCAUCUUCAGAGCUUAAACACAAAACAUUUGACACAUUGAGAAACCACCCGUCUUUCUACCUGUUCAACCAUCGAGGCAGGGUGCUUUUCAGCUCAGAGCCAGAGGCUCCCACUGCAACUCCUCAAGCUUUGCCGUCCAAUCCGCUGAGGUUACGCAAGCUGGAGAACUUUCACUGAGACUAGCCUUGAAAGGGGUUUCCCUUGCCUGUUUUGCCGUCUUUUUCUUCCUCUGCAUCAGUAAUCUCCUCAGUUGGAAUGGGCACACUCUGUGCAUACGUCAAUAUGCUGUACAAAUCUGCAUCUCAGUGUGGUUACUAUUUUGAAGUCUAUGGACUGUGCCAAUUCCUUUUUUUUUAAUUUUUUUCCAAACUCAUACAUUUGUCUUAAAACGUCAGAAAGAUACACUGUACUCAAUCAGGUGGCACACAGAGAAGGGAGAAGCCAUCCUCCUUUUCCUACUCUUCCUGUUUCAUGAUGAGCUCUAAUCCCAUCUCUUAUUCUGUUCAGUUUGCCACAUGACCUACUGUGCUGCCAUGUUUAACUGAGGUUUUUUCUUCCCCACAUCCUUUUUAAAGGAUGUAACUACUAUGGACCAUUAAUUUUACUUAUGUUAAGAUAUACUAUUUAUGACUGAUGGACUACAACAUAGAUUUUGGUAUGCAAAUAAUGCUAAGGUUAGUGUAAUUACUAAAUUGAUGACUGGUCUGGGAAAUGAGAAAUAAAGACGUCUAAUAACGCUAACAAUACUGUGAACGCGCUGUGGAAAAUGAAUGCUACACCACUUUUUUUUUUUUUUUUUUUUGGGGGGGGGGGGGGCAGGAGUGAUGUUUUUUCCCCAUUUUAUUUUCUGUUACAGUGCAUUUGAUUAUUUUUAACAAUAAAAUCUGAGAUUUUAUUGAUGAAUUUUACUGAAGAGAUGUAUUCAUUUUCAAGUAUAACAGGACAUCUCUUCAAUGUGAUAUGUAGAAUAUAUGUAUGGAACUUAAAUGGGUUAAGUUAAAGGAAGGUCAUUUUUUAUAAUGGUUUAAAUCCACUCAUCCCCUUAGAACUGGGGUGUCGUAACUAAGGAUAUUGAUUUUAUGCCUCUGCCACUUGAAAACAAGCUUUUCAUUAGCACAUCAUCUCAAAAGGAUGGUCGAAUGUUUAACAUUUUAUUUUUAAUUAAAAAAGUUCUCAAAUUGAUCCACAGAGGGAGAAGGUCACAGCAAGAAUGAAUGUACAAAAUAGAUUUUCUUCAGUUGCUUCCUUCCUGUUUGAAGCAUCUGUCAAAGGUAUUUCUGGUCUACAAUUUAGUAAAAGGAAGAACAGGACAGGACUUGAUGGUGGUGAAAGCAUCCCCGUCAGUAUUGUUAAUGUCAAGUUCUUCAUGAUUAACAUCUAAUAUUCUGUGAAUUAACACCAAUUACCAAGAUUCUGAAAAUAGAAUAGGAGAUAAGUAGGAUAUAUUAGUGCUAACUGUUAACCUGUACGUUUUUCUAGAAAUCAUUUAUUAGUCCGAUUACAGUAUUUUACUUUAUAUCUUUUUAUUUUCCAAUUAUUGAAAUAAUUGAGUUGAGAAGAACGCACACUGGCUGUAGGCAAAAAAAAAAUACUCCUCAAUUUCACUUCUGUGUUAUCUCUUGUUUUAACAUGUUUGUAGUUUUCUGCAAAUGGAAAUUUGGAUAAUUUGGUGUCAAUGAGUCAUAUUAAAGGCCGAAAUCCAGUGCA